CCGGGUGUCACACGCGCGGCGGCUCGGGAGGCGGCGGCAGCGGUUGUCUUAGGCGCCGCCGAGACGGGAACGGUCGCGCGAGCUCGGGCGGGCGCCGGCUGCCUCCCUUUUCCCCUCGAUUUAUCGCCCGCUCUUCCGCCGGCGGAGGCGCCUGGCUCGCCCCAGCUCUCUCGGAAAGGAAGGACGGGAGCGGAGGACGCCAAGUCCCCGGAGCGGCCGCAGGUCCUGGCCGAGCUGGAGGCUGCCACUUCGACGGGGCAGACAGAAGCGCGCUCUGCGGCGGGGGCCGCCUGGGCCCGGUGCUUUCAGCGGUCGCGGGCUGGGACCCUAUGAGAGGCGCUCGCGAGGGGCCCGAGACCCGAAGCCCGGGCGGCGCGCGGCGGAGGCGGAGGGCAGCGCAGCUGUUGCUGGGGUCUGAGUGUAGCCAGCAGGAGGCGGCGGCGGCGAAGGCGAGAACUUGAACUUGGCGUCGGGAGUGGGCGCCCCGACGCCCCCCACCGGGGCCGGGGCGCCGAGGGGCUUGGGCUGCAGCGUUGCCCCCCGGAUGGCCGCGGCAGCGGACCAGGCUCCCGCGCCGCGGCCCUAGGCGGCCUCUCGCCAUGGCCAAGUGGCUGAACAAAUACUUCAGCUUGGGCAACAGCAAGACUAAGAGUCCCCCGCAGCCGCCGAGGCCCGACUACCGCGAGCAGCGGCGCCGGGGCGAGCGGCCCUCGCAGCCCCCCCAGGCCGUGCCGCAGGCCGCCUCGGCGUCCUGCGGUCCGGCGGCCGCCUCCUGCUUCUCGGCCUCGUCGGGCUCGCUGCCCGACGAGAGCGGCAGCACGAGUGACCUCAUCCGUGCCUACCGCGCGCAGAAGGAGCGCGACUUCGAGGACCCCUACAACGGGCCCGGCUCGUCGCUGCGCAAACUGCGCGCCAUGUGCCGCCUGGACUACUGCGGCGGCGGGGAGCCCGGUGGGGGCCAGCGCGCCUUUUCGGCCUCAUCCGCGUCGGGCGCUGCCGGUUGCUGCUGUGCCGCCUCAGGCGCUGGCGCUGGCGCUGCUGCUGCCGCGUCCUCGUCGUCCUCCUCCGGCUCCCCGCAUCUCUACCGUAGCAGUAGUGAGCGGCGGCCCGCCACGCCGGCCGAGGUACGCUACAUCUCCCCCAAGCACCGUCUCAUCAAAGUGGAGAGCGCCGCCGCUGGCGGGACCGGGGACCCUCCAGGGGGGUCCUGUUCGGGCGGCCGCACCUGGAGCCCGACGGCCAGCGGAAGCAAGAAACUGCUCAACAAGUGCGCUGCCUCGGUCUCGGAGGAGAGCGGGGCCGGCAAGAAGGACAAGGUGACCAUAGCCGAUGACUACUCUGAUCCCUUUGAUGCCAAGAAUGACCUCAAGAGCAAAGCAGGAAAGGGGGAGAGCACCGGCUACAUGGAACCCUAUGAGGCUCAAAGGAUCAUGACAGACUCACUGAGUAUCUGGAGCCGGCUCUGCGGGAUGGAACCAGGCACUGCUCAUGGAGAAUUCCAGAGACAGGAAAGUGUCUGGUCCCAACACAAGGGCAUCCAGUUAUAUGACACCCCUUACGAACCUGAAGGCCAAAGCGUCGACUCUGACUCGGAGAGCACGGUCAGCCCCCGACUGCGGGAAAGCAAGCUGCCCCAGGAUGAUGACAGGCCUGCUGAUGAAUAUGACCAGCCGUGGGAAUGGAAUAGAGUCACCAUCCCUGCCUUGGCAGCCCAGUUCAAUGGCAAUGAGAAACGGCAGUCAUCCCCCUCGCCUUCAAGGGACCGGCGGCGCCAGCUUCGUGCUCCUGGAGGGGGCUUCAAGCCUAUCAAGCAUGGGAGCCCUGAGUUCUGUGGGAUCCUGGGAGAAAGAGUGGAUCCUACUGUCCCACUGGAGAAGCAAAUAUGGUAUCAUGGAGCCAUCAGCAGAGGAGAUGCCGAGAACUUGCUGCGCCUCUGCAAGGAGUGUAGCUACCUCGUGCGGAAUAGCCAGACCAGCAAGCACGACUACUCCCUGUCACUGAAGAGCAACCAGGGCUUUAUGCACAUGAAACUGGCCAAAACCAAAGAGAAAUAUGUUCUGGGUCAGAACAGCCCCCCAUUCGACAGUGUCCCAGAAGUCAUCCACUACUACACCACCAGAAAGCUACCCAUCAAAGGAGCUGAGCACUUGUCCCUCCUGUAUCCUGUGGCUGUGCGGACCCUGUGAAUGGACCAGUCCCUCCCUGCUCUGUGACAGAGCCCAAGACUUGGAGAAGCCAGCAGGGCACCGACAAGCCCCACCAUGUUGCCAGCUGUGUCCAGUUUGUGUCGUGUGUAUGGUACUAGCACACCACUGCAUGUCUUAGAGUGCUGUUGCCACUGACUGGGGCUGGAGAAGGCCUGGAUGAAGGCUGAGGAACGGCCACCACACCACCCCAGUCCCCACCCCUACCCCUCCUAGAGUUUCUGUGAAUUAAAUAUUUGCAAUCCAAAGAGAUGCCUUACAGGGUGAACAAAGGCAGCAGCUUGGGUGGGGCUGGAGCUCCUUGGGCUGCAUCUCUUUGUUCUGCAGCUGUCAGGAACUCACACCUGUGUACUGCAAAGUUUUCCACCCACCUGCAGGUGCUGGGAGCCCAGGGGCCGACCGCCCCUCUGGUGUGGAGUCUGUGAGUGUGCGCGUGAGCACAGACAAGUGUAAGCAUGUGGUCACACACACACAAGUAAGCCCCCAUCUACUUUUAGUUGCUCAGUAUAAUCAUUAGAUCUUUAAGGAAUCAUUGUGCAGUCAAAAAGAGGAUGCAAUUAUUUAUGAAUAGGGUGUGUAAAUAAAAUAGUCAUUUAAUAUA